GUAUGCAUACUAAGAAUUUUGCUUCCUGGCUAAAAGAGAAGGUGCCUCUUGAUUCUGCAGAACAUGACGACACACUUAAGUGGAUAGCUUAUGGUCCACGUUGUUCUGCGAGAUCAUAUACAUGAUUCAUUGUUAAUGGGCAGAGGUUUCACACAGUGUCAGUUGAUAGGAAAAGUCAGAAUAGUGGGGUCUAUUAUGAGGCUACAGCAGUGUGUAGAGCUAGUGCAAAAGAUACAUCACAGGUGGUAGAUUUAGUAUCUUACUACGGCAGGGGGACAGACAUCAUUUUGAUCGACUACAAUGUCUUCUAUGUUUCUCCGUUCCGAUGUCAAUGGGCAGUUAAGGGUAAUGGAGUAAAGAUCGAAGAUGGUUUUACACUUGUGAACAUGAAUCAAAGUCAAGCCUCCUUUGCAAGUGACCCUUACAUUCAAGCAUCUCAAGCGAAGCAAGUGUUUUACUCCAGAGAAGAUGAGUCAUCAAACUGGUAUAUUGUCAUGAAAGGUCCUUCUAGAAGAUACAGUAAGGAAGAUAUUCAAGAGGGAAAUGCAGAUAUUGGGCCAUUACAGUUCGAAUGUUGACUUGGAUGUUGACAUUGAUGAUGCUGAGAAUCUCAGAACUGAUUGUGAAGGGAUAUAUGUGUGACGAAGUUGCCGUAUUGACAUUGAUGAUAUCAUUGCUUGUUUUUGUUUUUGAUUGUGGUGAAUUAAGAUGGGACGUGCAAAGCAGACUAAACGUGGAAGGAGACAAUCAAAGAAGUCAAAAAAGGAAGAUGAUGACGCAGUUGAGUUCGUUUGUACUAUCCAAACACAUGAAGAAGAACAUGAAGAGGAACGUGGGCAGCGACAGGAACAGGAAGAGGAACAUGUGGAGGAACGAGAACCGGAAGAGGGACAUGAGGAGGAGCAACAACAGGAAGAGGAGCGUCAACCAGAGCAACAUAAUGGCGACGAGCCUGAAGGUGAGAUAGAACAUACUCAGGAGGCUGAAGGUGGAACCUCCCGUAAGAGAAAGCGUGGUCCAACAAUGAUGAGAGACCUAGCCAAAUAUCCAAAUACCAGAGUUCAUGUCGAUUUCACUUUUAUGGGAGAAGCUUAUGGUCCUGGUUCAGUCAAGCUAUCUUCAUAUUUGGGUCCGUUGGUAAGGGAGCACGUGCCUGUUACAGUUGAAAAUUGGAAAAAAAUUACUGAAGAAGUGAAGACAGUGCUUUGGAAAUCAGUCCAGGUUUGAACUUGAUGAGGACCACCAAAGGGUUGCAGUUCUUAAGCAAAUGGGAGCCUUGUGGAGAUCAUCCAAGUCACGUCUUGUUACCCAAAUCAAUGAAGCUGAAAAUAACCAACAAAGGAUGAAUCUCAGACCUAAGAAUGUUCAUCCAAUUGAGUGGCGCAAAUUUGUGAAGCUAAAAACAAGCCAAGAAUUCAAGGUUCUGAGUGAUAGCUACAAAGAGAGGAGAAGCAAACAGAUUCCUCACACUUAUAGUAGAAAGGGAAUGGUUAGACUAGCAGAAGAGAUGAAAAAUAGGUCUGAAGACAAAUCUGAAGUGUCGAGACUUAAAGUCUGGGUGAGGUUACGUACAAGAAAAGAUGGAACUCCCAUCAACACAAAUGCUGCUGAGAAGAUUCAAAAGGCAGCUGAGAUUGUUAAGGGUGGUAGUCAGAGUGGAAAAAAUCUGGAUGAAGAUACGCUCAUCCAGGUCUUAGGACCUGAUAAUCCUGGUCGUAUGAGAGCAAUGGGGAGGAUUAUUAGUAAGACGAAAUUAGCUUGCUUCAAUGUCAACCAGAAGUCAAUUUCUGAAAUGCAACAGACACAAAUUCAUCUCAUGCAAAAGGUUAAUGAGCUACAGUCUGAACUUGCGAAAAGAGAUGACAAUGAAGUGGGGGAAAACUCGGCUGCAAGAAGUGUGAACAAGAUACCACAAAAGAAGUGUCUUCUCAUUGACUGGGCUGAUGAAGAUGGAAACGUUGCUGAGGGUCGUAUCAUUUCUUCUGACCCUGAAGACAUAGUGAAUGAUAGUCGAUUAGGUCCUAAUGAUGUUAAAGUCUUGGUUGAUGAAGCUACUGAGCCUGAAGCAUUCCUCUGGAGACCUGCGACUAACAUGUGCAUAAUUAAGGAAGCUGUUGGUCAUAUUAUUGCAUGGCCGAAGAAAAAAUGCGUGGAACUAGGUCUGGGGCUUGAACAUGAAGACAUUGCACCACUGGGCUCAAGAGCAAAUUCUCUCAACAAAUGCAAACUUCUGGAUUUGUCUGAUGAUAGUGUAGUUGUUGGUGAAGGGAGUUGGCAGACAAAAGAACCAAAAGCAUUGGUUAAUGGACUUCCUCUAGGACCUAAAGCAGUGAAAGUAUUCUUGGAUGUUGUACAUGAGCAUGGAACAUAUUUAUGGAGGCCUACGAUGGAUCAUUCCUACCUGGAGGACUGCUUACAUUCUUUUAUGUCAUGGCCUGCUAGCAAAGUUGUCUUUGACAAUCCACCAGAAGCAACAAGAGGACAAUCUCCUACGGGUAUGAAAGUUACAUCGGUUGGUUAUAAGUCGCCUACUGAUACAAGUGGUAGAAAAGGUGCAAAAUCAGGAGCAACAACAUCAAUUCAUACUGAGGAGUCUCCUGCAACUGAUCAGUGUCAGCUUAAGCAUGGAUCUCAGACAAUGAAACAGAAUCAGAAGUGCAAAUUGAUGGACAUUGGUGAGAGGAAACAAGUUGUUGCUGAAGGUCGUAUCCAUUCAACAGACCCAACUCAACUGGUCCACUUUGUGCGCUUGGGUCCGAAAGCAGCUAGAGUGUGGGUAGAUGCAGUGCUCGUAGAUGAUGCAGAAGUUUGGAGGAAAUCAGAUGAAAUAGAGAGUUUGAAAGAUGCACACGGUUCAUCAAUUGCAUGGCCAAUUGAUAAAUUGGUCAUAUUUUAAGCUGCUCAGCUGAGGGAAUGAAGAACUUAGGUCCAGAUUUAGCUAGUGUUUAAGCUAGGCUAAUGAACUUGAUGUAUGAUAUUAUUGCUUAUGACUUUGGUUUGUGUUUUAGAACUGCAUCAGUAACACUUAUGUAUAAUGACUUAUGUAUGUCAAACUUAUUUUAUGAAAGGGUUAG